CCACUGCACCACGACGGGAACUCCAGCACGGUAACAAAUCUUAAAAGCUAUCAUAGAAUUCACACAGUAGGGAAACCUUAUGAAUGCAGUGAAUGUCCCAGAUCCUUCAGGUAUAAGUCCAAGCUCAUAAUACACCAGAGGACUCAUACAGGAGAGAAGCCAUACAGAUGCAGUGAAUGUCAGAAAGGUUUCAGUACAAAAUGUCAUCUGAGUCUGCACCAGCAAACUCAUACAGGAGAGAAACCGUAUGAAUGCACUGAGUGUCAGAAAUCCUUUAGAACAAAAUAUCAUCUCAUUCUACACCAUAGGACUCAUACAGGAGAGAAACCCUAUGAAUGUAAAGAAUGUGGAAAAGCCUACAGGGAAAAGACAAAGCUCAGAUUACAUUACAGAACACAUACAGGAGAGAGACCUUUCAAGUGUAGUGAUUGUGGGAAGGGUUUUAUGCAGAAGUCAAACCUGAUUAUCCAUCAAAGAAUCCAUACAGGAGAGAAACCCUAUGAAUGUAAAGAAUGUGGGAAGGCCUUCUAUAGUAAGUCUCAACUUGUUGUUCACCAGCGAAUCCGUACAGGAGAAAAAUCCUACGAGUACAGGCAAUGUGGGAAAGCCUUCAAAAAAAACUCGCACCUCCCAACACAUGAGAAAAUUCAUAUAACAGAGAAACCUUAUGAGUGCAGUGAAUGUGAAAAAGCUUUUGUACACACAUCACAGCUCAUUCUACAUCAGGGAAAUCAUACAGAAAGAAAACCUCAUGAAUGCAAAGGAUGUGGGAAAGCCUUUAAUAAAAAGUCACACUUCAUUACCCAUCAGAGGAUUCAUACGGGAGAGAAGCCUUAUGAAUGCAGUGAAUGUGGGAAAGCUUUUAUAGAUAAGUUUCAGCUAAUUGUUCACACAAGAACUCAUACAGGAGAGAAACCUUAUGAAUGCAAGGAAUGUGGAAAAGCCUUUAAUAAAAAGUCAUCCCUCAUAACACAUCAGAGGAUCCAUACAGGAGAAAAACCUUAUGAAUGCAGUGAAUGUGGAAAAGCUUUUAUAGACAAGUCACAUCUCCUUGUCCAUCAGAGAACUCAUACAGGAGAGAGACCCUAUGAAUGCACUGAGUGUGGAAAAGCUUUCAUAUGAAAGGCAAUGCUCAUUGUCCAUCAGAGGACACAUACAGGAGAGAAACCCUUUGCAUG